AUGUCAUAUCUUCAGCAGCAGAUAAAUAACUUCAACGCGAACGUGGUAUCAUCGGCCAGUCGCCUUCCGCAGCAGAGGCGCACUGUCGGAAACGGUGCGCCCGGGGCGGCCACGACCCCGCAACCUGCAUCUUCCUCAUCUACGCCAAACCAAGGAAGCGAAACGAAGCGAAAACGGCAUGAAUCGGACAUUGUCUAUUCCCAGCCUGCCAAUACUGGCACUGGCAAGGAUAUCAUGACGCAAGUGCUCUUUGCAAUCGAACACAUGAAGGCGAAGGGUGUGCCGCUCAAGUUCAGCGACAUUGUCUCGUAUUUAUCUCUCCAGCAUCGCGCUCAGGAUCAGGGCUACCUACAUGCGUUGCGCAGCAUUCUUCAAGUGCACGAAAAAGUCAACUAUGACCCUAAGGGCGCCAACGGUGAAGGUACUUUCAGCUUCCGUCCACCGCAUAACAUCCGCACAGCGGAGCAGCUGCUCCAGAAACUUCAGUCUCAGACUACUGCGGCAGGUAUGAGUGUACGGGAGCUCCGUGAGGGAUGGCCCAACGUCGAGGAGACUAUCAACCAACUGGAGAAGGAAGGCAAACUUCUGGUUACUAGAAACAAGAAGGAUGAUCAUGCCAAGAUGGUUUGGGCCAACGAUCCGUCCUUGAAUUAUCAUUUCGAUGAAGAGUUUCGUCAAAUUUGGGAUAAGAUCAAGGUGCCCGACCAGCAGAAAGUGAUAGAGGAACUCGAGAAGGCUGGCAUCACGCCAACAAGCAAAAACAAGGUCGUGAAGCCCCGCCCCAAGGUUGAGCAGAAAAAGGUGAAGAAGCCACGGAGGAGUGGCAAGACGACCAACACCCAUAUGAUGGGUGUGUUGAGGGAUUAUUCACACCUGAAGCGGUGA